CGCAAAGAAGGCAAAAUGGAGGCCAUCAAGAAGAAGAUGCAGAUGCUGAAGCUGGAUAAGGAGAACGCGAUAGACCGCGCGGAGCAGGCCGAGGUGGACAAGAAGGGCGCGGAGGACAAGUGCAAGCUGCUGGAGGAAGAGCUGCUGGGGCUCCAGAAGAAACUCAAAGGAAUAGAAGAUGAGCUGGACAAAUACUCCGAGUCCCUCAAGGAUGCCCAGGAGAAGCUGGAGCAGGCAGAGAAAAAAGCCACAGACGUAAGUAAAUAUCUAUCUAUCUAUCUAUCUAUCUAUCUAUCUAUCUAUCUAUCUAUCUAUCUAUCUAUCUAUCUAUCUAUCUAUCAUACCCGGAAGAGCUCCCGGACAGUUACCAUGGAGACGUGGUGA